ACUGGGGCGUAGAGCAUUAACAAAAUUUGAAGUCGGAUCGUAUAUUAUACGAAAGACGCGUAUUUAUUACCAUCGCAGAACAGAAAGGGAAGAGAGUUAGAGAGGUCAAUUUACACGUACGAUCUCUGAUCAUCCCAUGCCCAAGCUCUCUUUAUCGAAAUCGAACGCAUAGUUCAGGACCCGCGGCGUCGAAAUCCGACUUCGAUUUUCGUGGAUUCUUAGCUGAUUGAAUACGAGUGUUGGAUGUUUCCUCAGCAUUGUUCCAUUUGAGUGUUUUAAUGAAGGUGUAGAAGAUAAUCUAUACGGAAGCAAAUGCUCAGAAUUCAACAAUGAAGCGUUAUGUUUACAUUGAUGAUGAGGAAUCAUCUCAUGAUCUUUACUGUGAUAAUCGUAUAUCAAAUAGAAAAUAUACUGUAUUAAACUUUCUUCCAAAAAAUUUAUGGGAACAGUUCAGCCGGUUCAUGAAUCAGUACUUUUUGCUGAUAGCUUGCCUGCAGUUAUGGCCUCUCAUUACUCCAGUAAAUCCUGCCAGUACAUGGGGUCCACUUAUCUUUAUUUUUGCUGUCUCUGCAUCAAAAGAGGCAUGGGAUGAUUAUAAUAGAUAUCUUUCUGACAAGAAGGCAAAUGAGAAGGAAGUCUGGGUUGUCAAGAAGGGCAUCAAGAAACUUGUACGAAGCAUAUUUAAUUUUCUUAAAUAUAUUUUCAUUCUGUGUUUCUUUGGAGUUGAGAACAGAACAACCAAACAGUAAAAGAUGUAAGAAAAGAUUUGGCUUGCAGUUUCCAGCCAUUGAUCAUCAUUUCAAUAACUAUACAUCAUUUUGAAUUUUCUCAUCGCAAAGGAAUAUCUGUUGAUUUUUCCAAGAUAUCGUUACUCUUUCAUUUCAGUAGAUGAUUUUGACUUUAAUCAAAACCCUAUGCAUAAGAUCCAAGCCCAGGAUAUUCAUGUAGGUAAUAUAUUGUGGCUACGUGAAAAUGAUGAAGUGCCUUGUGACCUUGUUUUGAUUGGGACCUCCGAUCCUCAAGGAGUUUGCUACAUAGAGACAGCUGCGCUGGAUGGUGAAACUGAUCUGAAGACACGGGUCAUACCUUCUGCUUGCAUGGGAAUCGAUGUUGAACUAUUGCACAAAAUUAAGGGUGUAAUUGAAUGUCCCAGUCCAGAUAAAGACAUCAGGAGAUUUGAUGCAAACAUGCGGUUGUUCCCCCCAUUUAUAGAUAAUGAUAUAUGCCCUUUAACCAUUAAAAAUACUAUUCUUCAGUCAUGUUACUUGAGAAACACUGAGUGGGCAUGUGGAGUAGCUGUGUAUACAGGUAAUGAAACCAAAUUGGGCAUGAGUAGAGGUAUCCCAGAACCAAAGCUCACUGCUAUGGAUGCCAUGAUUGACAAGUUGACUGGUGCCAUAUUUAUAUUCCAGAUUGUUGUUGUUUUAGUUCUUGGUGUAGCGGGUAAUGUUUGGAAGGAUACAGAAGCUAAGAAGCAAUGGUAUGUUCUUUACCCUCAUGAAGGCCCUUGGUAUGAACUGUUGAUCAUACCUUUGCGAUUCGAGCUUCUUUGUUCCAUCAUGAUACCCAUUUCAAUUAAGGUAUCUUUGGAUUUGGUGAAGAGCUUGUAUGCAAAAUUUAUUGACUGGGACCAUCAGAUGAUUGACCUAGAGACUAGUAUUUCAUCCCAUGCAACUAAUACUGCGAUAAGUGAGGACCUGGGACAAGUUGAGUAUAUUUUGACUGACAAAACAGGCACCCUGACUGAGAAUAAGAUGAUAUUUAGAAGAUGUUGUAUUAGCGGCAAUUUCUAUGGAAAUGAGAAUGGAGAUGCAUUGAAAGAUGUAGAGCUUCUCAAUGCUGUUUCCAGUGGUUCUUCUGAUGUUGUACGAUUUCUUACAGUUAUGGCAAUCUGUAAUACUGUCAUUCCUACACGCAGCAAAACUGGAGAUAUCUUGUAUAAGGCACAGUCUCAGGAUGAGGAUGCUCUUGUUCAUGCUGCUGCUCGGUUGCACAUGAUUUUCUUUAAUAAGAAUGGAAAUAUUCUGGAAGUCAAGUUCAACUCUUCAAUGCUUCAGUAUGAAGUUCUGGAAACCUUAGAGUUCACCUCUGAUAGGAAAAGAAUGUCAGUAGUAUUAAAAGAUUGCCAAAAUGGAAAGAUCCUUCUCCUGUCAAAGGGAGCAGAUGAGGCUAUUCUUCCAUAUGCUCGUGCUGGGCAGCAGACCCGCCAUUUCAUUGAAGCUGUGGAGCAAUAUGCUCACUUGGGAUUACGUACGCUAUGUUUUGCUUGGCGUGAGUUAAAGAGAGAUGAAUAUCAAGAAUGGUCUUUGAUGUUUAAAGAGGCCAGUAGCACUUUGGUUGAUAGGGAGUGGAGAGUAGCUGAGGUCUGUCAAAGAGUAGAACACGACUUGGAAAUUCUUGGUGUAACAGCAAUAGAGGAUCGUUUACAGGAUGGAGUUCCAGAAACAAUAGAAACACUGAGAAAAGCUGGAAUAAAUUUUUGGAUGCUAACUGGAGACAAGCAGCAUACUGCAAUACAAAUUGCUCUGUCAUGUAAUUUUAUUUCCCCAGAACCAAAGGGACAGCUUCUAUCAAUUGAUGGAAAAUCAGGAGAUGAGGUUUGUAGAAGUUUAGAGAGAGUGCUCCGUACUAUGCGGAUAACUACCUCAGAACCCAAGGAUGUGGCUUUUGUUAUUGAUGGGUGGGCACUUGAGAUCGCACUUAAUCAUUACCGUAAAGCUUUCACUGAGCUGGCAGUUUUGUCAAGGACUGCUAUAUGUUGUCGUGUGACACCAUCACAAAAAGCACAGCUUGUACAGAUCUUAAAAUCAUGUGAUUAUAGAACAUUGGCCAUUGGUGAUGGUGGAAAUGAUGUAAGGAUGAUACAACAAGCUGAUAUUGGUGUGGGCAUCAGUGGCAGAGAAGGAUUGCAGGCAGCAAGAGCGGCUGAUUAUAGCAUUGGAAAGUUUAGAUUCCUGAAGAGAUUAAUUCUGGUCCAUGGCCGCUACUCAUAUAACCGCACAGCAUUUCUUUCACAGUAUUCAUUCUAUAAAUCCUUGCUGAUUUGCUUCAUUCAAAUCUUUUUUUCAUUUAUUUCAGGAGUCUCUGGAACUAGCCUCUUCAAUUCUGUUAGCUUGAUGGCAUAUAAUGUUUUCUACACUAGUGUUCCUGUCCUAGUCAGUGUGCUUGACAAAGAUCUUGGUGAGGAAACUGUGAUGCAGCAUCCUCAAAUUUUAUUUUACUGCCAAGCAGGAAGGCUUCUAAAUCCCAGUACAUUUGCUGGAUGGUUUGGGCGGUCUCUCUUCCAUGCAAUAGUUGUAUUUGUAAUAAGCAUACAUGCCUAUGCUUAUGAUAAAAGUGAAAUGGAGGAGGUUUCAAUGGUUGCUCUUUCCGGCUGUAUUUGGUUGCAGGCUUUUGUCGUAACAAUGGAGACCAAUUCCUUUACUAUAUUGCAACAUUUUGCUAUAUGGGGUAAUUUGGCUGCCUUUUAUGCCAUCAACUGGAUCUUCAGUGCUCUUCCUUCAUCAGGGAUGUAUACAAUUAUGUUUCGGUUGUGUCAAGAACCAUCAUAUUGGAUAGCAAUUUUUCUCAUGGUUGCAACCGGAAUGGGUCCCAUUCUAGCCAUCAAAUAUUUUCGAUAUACAUACAGACCGAGCAAAAUCAAUACACUUCAGCAAGCUGAACGUCUGGGUGGGCCAAUUUUGUCACUUGGCACCAUUGAGCCUCAGCCCAGAUCUAUAGAGAAAGACGUUUCUUCAUUGUCAAUAACACAACCCAAAAACAGAAAUCCUGUGUAUGAACCUUUGUUAUCAGAUUCUCCAAAUGCCACGAGAAGAUCUUUUGGAGCAGGAGCACCAUUUGAUUUUUUUCAGUCUCAGUCAAGAUUAUCUCUGUCUAGCUACACAAGAAAUUGCAAGGAUAACUGAGAUUUCGGGUAGCUGAAAGAGCUCUAGAUGCCGCAGCUUAGUUGUAUAUCCCGUUUGAUCGAAACUAACGAAGCACAUCAUUCUUAGUCUAAUAUUAUUUUUUGUAAAUUGGGCUCCUCUGAAAUGACAUUUGAUAUAAAGUUUAGGGUCUUACUAAUUAGUAUCCUAAAAGUACUGGUUAGAGAAUUAAUAAAUAUUUGUUUUAUUAAAAGUCACAGUGGAGAUACAUUAGAAAUUUUAGUGAAAAUGUAUUAAUAACAUUUUUCUAAUAAAAUAUUUUAUUUUUGAUUUUUUAACCAGUAUCUUUGGAGCACUAAUUACUAUUUGGGUAAAGUUUUAAUAAGAAAACGAAGCUUCACAAAUCUGUAGUUUAUAAUCUGGUUGGCUCGAUCAUAUUUGUUUUUACUUCUGUUUUCCACGUCCCAAACGGGAGACAUCUUUUUUCCCUUUGCAAAUACCUAAGCUUAC